CUACUACCAGCUGCGUCCCCCCCCCCCACCCCCAACCCACGCCUCCCUCGCAUCGCCCCUCCCCGACCCCGCCGAGAUCGGAGCAGGCGCCGCCUCCCUCCUCCCGCCUCCUCCUCCGCCAUGGCGCCGUCUCUGCUCGGGGGGUUCACCAAGUCGCUGGCCAUGACGGUGCUCUCGGAGAUCGGCGACAAGACCUUCUUCGCCGCCGCGAUUCUGGCCAUGCGCUAUCCCCGGAAGCUUGUUCUUGCUGGUUGUCUCACCUCAUUAACAGUGAUGACGGCUCUAUCAGUUUCACUUGGUUGGGUUGCGCCAAAUCUGAUAUCACGCAAAUGGACUCAUCAUGUGACCACUCUGCUAUUCUUUGUGUUUGGCAUUUUGUCAUUGUGGGAAGGCUUCAAAGAAGAUGGAGAUUCAGAAGAAUUGGCUGAAGUGGAAGCUGAGCUGGAUGCUAAUUUUAAAAGCAACAAAGCAGAAUCGAAAAGUAAAUCUAAGGCAAAUGAUGAUAAAAAGAAGCAGCAAAGACCAUUUGUUUUGCAGUUCUUCUCACCAAUCUUUAUAAAGGCAUUUUCCAUUACAUUCUUUGGAGAGUGGGGUGAUAAGAGUCAAAUUGCUACUAUUGGUUUGGCUGCUGAUGAAAAUCCAUUCGGUGUUGUCCUGGGGGGAGUUCUGGCCCAAGCACUCUGCACUACCGCUGCUGUUAUGGGUGGGAAAAGCUUGGCCUCUCAAAUAUCUGAGAAAAUGGUCGGAUUGUCGAGUGGAGUGCUAUUCCUGCUGUUUGGUAUCAUGUCAUACUUGUCAGGACCAGAAGGAGAAUUAUAAUGCCCCCAGAAAGUCAUGCAUAAGGAGAAUUAUCAUGUUCAUCAUGGCCGGUUAACAAGCUUGUUUUCACUACGACUUGAUCUCAUCUUAGUAGGUGGACGAUGGCGACGAAAGCGCUGAUCCUUUGCAAGGAGGAUGGCGAUUACUUAGCUUAGUCAACACAUUGUAAACAUUUCACUCAUCAUUCAUAAAUAACAAGAUGGUACCAAAGACUCUACUGGUUGCUUCGUGUUAGUCCCAGCACCAGACAACAUUCAGCCAAAACUGUCGGAGUAGUUGCUGCAUACUACCAUACUAUUUUUUUGGUCGCAACUAUGCAUAAGAACUGCUAGUCUUCGGACUAAAUUGCCUGGACUGAAGAGGGGUUACAAAUCAUAAAAAGUGAUUUCAGAAUUA